UAAAAUUAAUAUCCUUUUCAUGCGAACAUUAUAAAAAAUUAUCUUUUUAAUCAUUAAGUUUAAUUUCAAACUGUGAAGAUAUUUAUUAUUUCUAAUUACGAUCUGAAGUAUCCAAAAUAAAAUAAUACUUGUAGUAGUAUAGGUGGUACUCAACUUUACUCUUAUAAACUCUUCUGCGAAUUGAUGUUUGAUGUUUACUGUUUGCAAUUCUCUGCUAAACGUUAGACGUCAACGCUAUUGUUAGCGAGCAUCAUGGCAAAUAAAUUAAGAGGACAAGGGGUUGAAAGGGUUAUGAAAAAACUUCAGGUUAACAUUGAAUUAGGUCAAUAUUAUGAAGCUCAUCAAAUGUACAGAACUUUAUAUUUUAGGUACCUGUCACAGAAGAAAUAUGAAGAACUAAUGACAUUAUUAUACGAUGGUUCUGUUCUGUUCCUUUCUCAUAAUCAGCAUAAUAGUGGUUCUGAUUUAGCAAUUCUUUUAGUAAAUGUUCUGAAUGAAUCUGGGGCAGCUGUAUCAGAUGAUUAUAUGGAUAAACUAGGAAAUCUCUUUUCUAUGAUGUUACCUGAUUCUCCAGAAAGGACCAACUUUUUAACUAAUGCCCUGAAGUGGACAAGUAAGAAUACUGAUGGUUGUGGAAACUCUUUUGGACAUCCACGAUUACACCAGUCUGUAGCACUGACCCUUUGGAAAGAAAAAAAUUAUCAGCAGUCACGGUACCAUUUCAUUCAUUCAACUGAUGGUGAUGGUUGUGCCACUAUGUUGAUUGAAUACCACAUAACAAAGGGUUAUCCAAGUGAAGUGGAUUUAUUUAUAGCGCAGACAGUGCUUCAGUACUUGUGCCUUAAAAAUAAAUCUACAGCAUCAACUGCAUUUCAUGCAUAUACAGAAAAGCACCCAGGUGUUACUUCGGGGUUUCCAUUUUUGCUUCCCCUUCUAAAUUUUCUUCAAUUUUUAUUACAAGCUAUUGAAAGGGAAAAACUGGCUUAUUUUCGCACUUUAAUUGAACAAUAUCAGCCUUCCUUGAAAAGGGAUCCUUCUUAUUCUGAGUAUGUUGAACGGAUUGGGCAGUUAUUUUUUGGUCUCUCCCCUCCACCAAAACAGCAAGGCUUAUUUGGUAACUUGUUACAAUCAUUAUUGGGUGGCUUAGAUGACAACUUCAGUGAAGAACCAGCAGAACCUGUAGCUGGCUGUUCUAAAGGAGAAACAUACAAGAUACAGCAAGAGGAUUUAGACUAAUAUUUUAAAAUAGUUUGUUAAAUUCUGAAGUAGAAGAAUUUUUUGUAAAAAAAGUAACUAUAUCAAUUUAAUUUCCUGAAGAACUAUAUAGUUUUAUUGAGCAUUACUAAAAUAUUAAAAUAAUUAGCUUAAUUUAAGAAGACAUUCUUUUUCAAGUCAAAAUAUAUUUUUUUAUUUGCUUUAUUCGUUUCACACUGCUCUUCUCAAAUGAGUUUCAAGGCACAAAAUUAUUUGGCAAAUUUAUGGUUAAAUGUACUUAAAGCAUGGAAAUAAACCAAUUUCAGAUACUGUGCAUCAUUGUAUUUAAAAUGAGAGAAUGACUUUAUUUUUCAUAUUAUGAUGAACUAUUUUACACCUGUACAUAGCAAAAACUUUUCUUUUCUCUUUAGAGACUUAAAAAUGAAUUUGCUUUGGUUUAGUAUUACUUUUAUACAUUUUAAAAUCUCCUGUUAUAAAUCUCGAAGUAUGUCCCAUACUUAUUACACUUUCACACUUUUUUUUUAAAUACAUUUUUGAAGGUUAUGUCUAUUUAUAUUGCUUUUAUUUUUAAAAAUGAAGAACGUGCAAUGUUCCUGUACUUUUUUAAUUGUAAACCAGAACUUCCAUUGCUCAUUUAUAUGCAGUUACUAUUCUAAUUAAAAUGGGAUCCACUCAAAUUUUAUUCAUAAUUUAUAUUUAAUAUAUCAUACUUUCAUAAAAUGAUAUGACAUUGUGAAUGCAGUUGACUCCUGAUGUACAUUUUCAACAGCAGGCUAUUAACAGUUAAACUUUCAUGAAGCAAAGAAUUACAUGUGGGUAUGCUUGCAACUUUAAAACCCUGCAUAAUUUAAAGGUCAACUGUAUAUUAACAUUUUGACAUAUUUUGUUCAUUGUUUCAUGCAUUCAAAGCUGGAAUAAAGCCAAUAGUGCUUC